AUAGAAGGGAAGCGGAAAUGCGGGAUGAUCGCGUUUGGCCGGAAGACGACAAUGCAUGGGGAGGAGGGAGGGAGGGGAAGGAAGGAGAGGCGUCCUCCUAAAGCAGCGGGAGCAACAGCAGCGCUGUGGCGGCUUCUUCCGAAGCGACUCCCGCCCUGUUUCCAGCAGGAAAGGCAGGCUCCAAAGAUCCUGGCUGAACUAGCAGGCAAUUAGAGGCUGGGUGUAAUGGCCAAUUUGAAGGCUUCCUAAACUGACCCCAUUUAAAGAUGAUGAAGACGGAGCCAUUCUCUCAGCUUCUUAUCGCUGCAGCUCGACGUCACCUCCAAAUGAGAAAGAAGAAAUGCUUAUCCCCCUUGGCCUCCUUGAACCUGGCUGGGGAGAUUUUUGCUGUAGCUGCAGGAUUGAAACCUGCUUUCCUGUAUGAUUACAGUCCUGCUGGGAUCUCUCAGAUUGUGAGUUAUGUUCAGGAGCUUCAGAGCACCAGUCAGCUUGGAGGCCGGCUACACAUUCUCAGCAUAGCUGAAAAUGUCCUCCUCAUCAAUUUGGAAAUGAUGGAGCUGUGGCUGGAAACGGUCCUGCAAAAGAACACUGUGCUUUUCAUUGAUGUGGCUGCUUCCAGGACAUGCCCCGGCUUUUGUGAACCCGAAGAUGUUGAUUUCAUAAAAGGUCACCUUGUUAAGAUACUGGGUCAUGUUAAAGCUCAGGCAGCAGACACAUCUGAGAUCCUUUCAUCCAGCCCCAUCAUCUCCACUGAAUGUAAUCUAUGUACUCUUUUUGGCGUUUUGCUGGGCUUUCCAGCAGCCUAUAGUUUUCCAGCCCAGAAGAGCUUUGAGAACUGCUUGUCUCUAUCCCCAUUGAGGGUCUUCACUAUCCAAGCCACAUUCUGUAAGAUAAGCAGUGACUUCAGAGUCCGGUUUUAUUCUUUCAGUGUCCCGGAAAUCUUGUAUCCUGUCAUGAAAACAGGUCUUAGUACGUGGUGUGGAAAUCUCCAGAAUGCUUUCAAAGCUCAAGACUAUUUUGCAGACCUCAGCAUUUCAACAGAAGUUGUGACUCGAGCGGCAGUGACUUUAUAAGUAUAGGCCAUGAUCCAGUUACUGACAGCAUCCCAUUAAAUAAAAGGUUGAGUGCUUUAUAUGUUUCUGCAUGGUGAAGUUUGUGGUCUCUUUCAACUCUAGGAUUCUAUGAAUAAUAAUGUAAUACCACCACUAUCUUCGAGAAGAGUGGUUUCAAGCACCUGGAAUAAAAUAUAUUGUUUUAAGAUUCAUA